GGGGGGAAGCGGCCCUUUCCGUCCGGGACAAAAUGUCUGCGAGGAGCCGGGAGACGAGGGGCGAGCAUCGCGGCGACGUCCGGACACUGCAGAAGGAAUGAGGAGUGAAGAGCCCCUGGAGACCAUGGAAGACAGCUGGAGGCCUGGUGACAGCGCAGGCCAGGGCGGCCCCUGUCCCGGGCUGGCACCCGCCGCGCCGGGCCACCUGGGGACGCCCUACACGGAGGCCUGGGGCUACUUCCAUCUGGCCCCGGCUCGGCCCGGGCACCCGACGACGACAGGCACCUGGGCCACCUGCCGGCUGUGCGGGGAGCGGGUGGGCGGCCACCCGGGCUUCCAGGCGUGGACGCGGGCGCUGUGGCGACACCUGAGCGGCGCGCACCUGCGGGAGCUGGAGAAGAGCGGGGCCCGGGGCUCGCCGCCCGCCGCGCCCUGCCCUGCGCCGCCCGCCACCGCCACCGCCGCGGCGGCCGAGGGCGACUGGGCGCGCCUGCUGGAGCAGAUGGGCGAGCUGGCGGUGCGCGGCAGCCGGCGCGAGCAGGAGCUGGAGCGGCGCGAGGCGGCCCUCCGGCAGGCCGAACGCGCGCUGGAGCGCAGGCGCAGGGCUCUGCGGCAGGAGGAGCGGGCCAUGGCGCAGGCGCGCCGCCAGCUGCAGGCCGAGCGCGAGGCGCUGAGCGUCUGGCUGCGGGAGCGGAGCUCGGGGCUGGGGGUCCCGGCGCCGCCUUCUCCUCCGCCUCCGCUCCUCAAGGAGGACCCUGACGGGGACGUCCUCGGGGGCGACGACGAUGUGAUCACCAAGGUCCUGCUGUAGCAAGGCCGCCUCCAUGAGUCAGCCUAAGCACCCCGCGCCAGGCGCCAGGCAGCGCCCCAAGGACUCCUUCCAGGAGCCUGGGUCGGGUGCACGGGAUGGACCGCACCGCAGGAGGACCCGGCUCCAGCAACCUCUGCCUAGUGCCUUAGGGCUGGAGGCUUUUAAAGCCAGAAGGUUCUCUGAACACCAAAGACUCAUCACACCGCCUGCCUAUACGCCUUGCAGGGGAGGGAAGAUGAGGCUUUUUUAUCCAGGAAUCCGGUCUACUCUUUCCUAAUGUUUAAACUUGGCCCAGCACCAAGUCCCAAAACGGGACUUUUUCAUUGACUCCCUGGCUCCCUGCCUUCAGCAUCCACAGAACCCCGCAGUGGGCCAGUCCCAGAGAUACCCCUCUUUGCCCCAGUCACCUCACAUGGCUCCCCCUCCACCCAAGGCCAUGAGCAACUCUUUCCUUAACUCAUCUUUCCCUGGAUGGAACCCAGUGGUAGGUCUAUUCUCCCAUUUCCUGCCUCACCUCUUGCCACCUAACUAGCAAGACAUCAUCUGUCACUAAAAGAGCAGUCCCUUGCCCUACAGGCCCCCAAAGACCUCUCCCUGAACCAAAGGAGAAACCUGAGGCCACGUCACCCCGCCACCUUACAGCAUCAACCCAUCUCAUUCCCUCUCUUUCUCCAUCCUGUUUCCAGCAAUGCCUGCUACCCCUGAAGGUCAAGAAGUCCUUGUUGCCCACACUCACCAUGUCCCAUUCUACUGGUCCCUUCCCAUGCGUCACUGCGGGCUAAGCUACCACCCAAAACCAAAUAUGGUUUUCCACAGCCCUUGUUCUCCCUUUCUGAGGUCCCUUCUUUUGAUGUAGAACAUGCUUUUCUAGAGUUUUUUUUUUUUUUUUUUUGAGACAGUCUUUCUAUGCAGCCCUGACUGUCCUGGAACUCACU